GCCUCACCCCUCAGCAUGAAGUGCCUCAGCUCUGCACCCUGGGCCACCUUGGUCCUCAGCCUGGCCUUUGCCUCCUUCCACCUGGCUUGCUUGGCAGAAGCAAGGAGCAGCAGCAACUCAACCUUGACCAUCCAGCAUCCAGACCUUGAGACCCUGGAGCAGUGCCCCAAUGUCGAUUUCUGCCCACAAGCAGCCCGGUGUUGCCACACCGGAGUGGAUGAAUACGGCUGGAUUGCGGCUGCCGUUGGUUGGAGUCUCUUGUUUCUCACCCUCAUCCUGCUCUGUGUGGACAAACUGAUGAAGCUAACUCCAGAUGAGCCCAAGGACUUGCAAGCAUGAGACAGAAUCUAGUCCCAAGAACGUCAGUCACCACCAAGUUGUGGGUAAUAGCAGGAGGAGAUAGCGCUAAUGUGAUUUCCAUUAUUUUAAAGUCUGUUCACCCUUUUUUGUUUGUUCGGGUUGGGUUGUUUUGGGGGGUUUUUUUUUGGUGGUUUGGGGGUUUUUUGUGUGUUUUUUGUUUUGGGUGUUUUUUUUUUUUUUUUGGCGGGGUAGGGGUGUUUUGGCCAUGCCAUGCAGCUUGUGGGAUCUUAGUUGCUCAACCAGGGAUCAAACCCAAGUCCUCAGCAGUUAAAGCGCAGAGUCCUAACCACUGGACCACCAGGGAAUUCCCAGUUUUUUCAUUCCUAAGCUUUGGUUACUUGUAAAAGGGAAAGAAAAAGAAAAGGGGGACUCCAAGGAAGACAAGACCAGGGCUGCCAUCAGGGCUAAUUUCAAAAAGCACUUGGGCCAUUUAUAAUCUAAUAUCUCUCCAAUCAUCUCAUUUCUCAAGAUGGUCCCCAUGGGAAUUGCUUGUAUUUUAACCGUCACUUUCUUCUGGCUUCCAAGAGUGUGGUACAGAAGAAACAUAAGCUUCUGUCUUUUAGUCAACACAUUCGAAACAAAACUCAGAACCUUCUCACCACAAACAGGGCAUUGUCCUUUGUCCCUUACUUCAGUCAAGGGCGUCACUGUCGUUUCAAAAUAUGAGAGUCACCUCGGACACCCCCAGCUUCCUCACCCCCAGGCCUGACGCUUCUCCAGCUCUUGUUCUUUCUUCCACGGCUAUCCUGUCCAACCUCCCUGCCAGCACCCUAGUUCCGGCCUUCACUACAAGGCCCCACUACCAUGUCAGGAAUAUUUCAUUUCAUUCUCCCUGCCUUCAGGAUCUGCACCCCACCCCAGCUUGUCACUACCCUCAUCCCAAUGUCUUCCACUUCUCUGCUGUCAUUCCUUCUUCUAGGGUAACUACUCCACCUUCAGAAUGAAGGCCAUUCCUCAGAGUCCAGUUCUUUUUUUUUUUUUUUUUUGGCACACGGGUUUAGUUGCUCCGUGGCAUGUGGAAUCUUCCUGGAGCAGGGAUCGAACCUGUGUCCCCUGUAUUGGCAGGCAGAUUCUUAACCACUGCGCCACCUAGGAAGUCCUCCAGUUCUAAUGCUUGCUCUGCCUGCAGCCUUCUCUGCUUGUCUUUGGGGACCAGGAGGUGGCGGUCUUAGGGCAUGUCUGUGCUGCCCUGAGCACAGCCAUUGUGAAUGGGUUUCUUCACAAUCAACUUAUACUUCCUCAUGCUCCGGGGGCAUAGAAAGCUCUUCAUGAUAUUUUCCAAUGAAUGAAUGAAUAAACCAGUGAAUGAGUUC